AUGGGAAAUAAUGGCCUGUGGCCUCUCUUUGCAGUGACAAAUAUUUGCCUUAGAAAGAUAAUGAUGUGGCAAUGUACAUUGCUAUUCCUGAUGCUGCUGACCAAAGAGGAUAGAGCUGACUUAGUUCUCCCUCUGAUCCAACAAAAGACCUGUGCUUCUUCCUUUGAAUCCAUACCUCGAAGCUGCAUGGAAAUCAAAGAGAAAUGUCUAGAGGCAGACGGUGAAUACUUCCUCCAGACUGGGAAUGGGCACAUUUACCAGACUUUUUGUGACAUGAGUUCUGGAGGAGGUGGCUGGACCCUGGUGGCCAGUGUGCAUGAGAACUUCUUGGCAGGGAAGUGCUCUGAGGGGGAUCACUGGUCCAGCCAGCAGGGGGACAGACAAGACUAUCCUGAGGGUGAUGGGAACUGGGCCAAUUAUGCCACCUUUGGAUCUGCAGAAGCUGCUACCAGUGAUGACUACAAGAACCCAGGUUACUAUGACAUUCAGGCCAAGGACCUUGCCAUCUGGCAUGUUCCUAACCAGUCUCCACUGCAGCAAUGGAAGAGUAGCUCUCUGCUGAGGUAUCACACCUAUAGCAGUCUCUUCAAGGUUAUGGGAGGGAACCUGUUUGGUCUCUACAAGAUGUAUCCAGUGAAAUAUGGGGCUGGCAAAUGUUGGACUGACAAUGGCCCUGCUAUACCUGUCGUCUAUGACUUUGGUGAUGCAAAAACAACUGCCCAGUAUUACUCUCCACUUGGCCAGAAUGAAUUGGCUGGAGGCUUUGUCCAGUUCCGGGUAUAUAAUAAUGAAAGAGCAGCCAACGCCCUGUGUGCUGGAAUUCGAGUCACUGGAUGUAACACUGAACAUCACUGCAUUGGUGGAGGAGGAUUCUUCCCAGAAGGAUCUCCCAGGCAAUGUGGGGAUUUCUCUGCCUUUGAUUGGAAUGGUUAUGGAACUCAUAAUGCUUAUAGCAACAGUCGGGAGAUCACAGAGGCUGCUGUGCUCCUCUUCUACAGAUGACCAUGGUGUCAUUCUGAAACUAGAAAUUGUUAGUUUCAUGGAUGGG